AUGUCAGGGCGCGGUGGAAUCAGUAAAAAAGUUGUUGGAGGAAAUGUAACCGAAAUUUGGGAUGGUUUCGUGCCUAAAGAAUGUAAACCAAAUCAUAAAAUUAUACGAUUAAACGCAGCUCAAAAAUGGGAAGAAGCACAUGAGCCUCUAAAUUAUGGGAUCGAUUGUUUAUCGAGUUGUGGACUUGGUCCUGGAAUGGCAUUUGCUAAUGAAAUACUUAAAAAGGAUACAAAUUUUGGGGUGAUUGGUUUGGUACCUUGUGCUAGAGGAGGAACUGGUUUGUAUAGAUGGAAUCGUGGAUCUUAUGCUUAUGAUGAUUUAAUUAAAAGAACAAAGUUAGCUUUAAAAGAUGGAGGGAUUAUUAGGGGAUUAUUAUGGUAUCAUGGUGAGGGUGAUAUAAGAACAAAUAAUGGAUCAAGUUCAUACAAGACCAAAUUUGAGAAAUUUGUUAAUGAUUUGCGUAAUGAUUUGAAUUCUCCUAAUCUCCCAAUUUUGCUGGCCAUCCUACCAUACCCAAAAAAACCAUUUGAAGGGCCAUAUAUAGAAGUGGUGAGAGCAGCUCAAUUGGGAAUUAACAUCUCAAAUGUGAUAAAGUUUGAUGCUGAGGGACUAGAAAUUGGUUCAGAUGGCAUUCAUCUAACUACACCAGCACAAAUUCAACUUGGUCAUAUGUUUGCUCAUGCUUUUUUUAGCCUAAGCAAUUUUACAACUUUUAGUUUCUACAAGUUUUUCCCUUUUAAUAUUUUCUCUUAG